AUGUCCUCACUGGCACUGCGUGGCGCCCGCCGCUUGACAAAGUCCAAGUAUGUCUACGCCACUCACAAAAUACCGAUCGAAUGCGACGUCUACACGGCCGACGACUUUCCAGCUACCUCUCCGGCCUUCUUGUACUUCCACUCGGGAGGGCUAGUCACCGGCUCCAGAUCCUGCGUUCCUCCGUGGCUCGUACAGGCGACAUUCAAGGUCUGCUUCAGGAACAAAUGGCCUCUCGUUAGUGCCAGCUACCGUCUGCUUCCCCAGGCGAGAGCUUUGGGGUUGUUCCAAGACGCCGGGGCGGCUUAUAGGUUCGCGGCGCGAUUGCCAGCUCCCGAUGGUACUCCCAUUGAACGCAAGGUUAUCGUCGGCGGAGGAAGUGCCGGUUUCUUCAUGGCGUCUCUGACGGCCCAUUGGCUCACACCACCUCCCAUCGCCCUACUGUCCGUCACAGGCAUCACCACUUUCCGACAUCGCUUCUUCAACUGUUCCGUUUCGCUUACACCGGAGCCGAUUACUCUGCCACAAAUAGGCCAUUAUCUUGAGGACCCGGUAUCCGUCGGUACCGUACCCGCCGACAAUCCCCAAGUCUUCCACCUCGACAAGUUACUUCCCGACGGGUCCAAAAACAUCAACUUCAAGGCCCCCGAAGUGCCAAUCUCGGAAGACGAGAAGGCCGACAAGUUUCCACGGGGAGGUCUCUACGAUUAUUAUCUGCAUAACAAUGCCUUCACCCUUCUCGUCAGUCCCUACGACGCGGGUUAUGAGUGGGCCAAGGCCAAAGACGAUGAUUCGGAAGCGAAACUGAGGGCUUGGCCACCCACAACAAUCAUCCAAGGCGAUGCAGAUCACCACGUCGACCUCGCAGUCAGCACACACAUGGUCGACUGCCUGGGCGAACACAAAGUAAAGCUGUUCCUCGCAAGAGGCCAGCCGCACCGUUACGAAGCGACCAGGUUCCUCGAGGAUGAUGUCGACGGCAUGGACGCUGUCAGACAAGCUGUUGCCAAUCUCGAAGCCGAUGUUGCUCUCGCCCUUGGCCAGUAG